CUCUACAUCACAAUUGACACGCUCGCCUUGACCAUGCCUCCGCUUUCCCGUCCAGACGAGUACCAAAACAUCUUUCACUGGGCCGAGACUCAGAAAGAUGGCGCCGUUCCUUCGUUUGCGGUGAGGAAGAACGACCCGUAUGAGUAUCUACCCGGCUUCAACAAUCAUUUCGAGUCCGAAGCAGUCCCGGGGACGAUUCCUCGAGGCCAGAACAACCCGAGAUGUACGAGAUUCGGGCUUUACACGGAGCAAAUGACGGCUUCUGCGUUUGUUGCGCCGCGCCACAUGAACAAGAAGGCGUGGCUCUACCGAGCACGACCCGCAGUCGCCCACCAGGGAUUCACUGACCUGCCUCCGAUUGAAGGGACAGAGAGUUGCUUCUUGCCCCUCAAUCCUCGUGUUAAACUGUCCCCAACACAGCUCGCCUGGCUUCCAUUCGACAUUUCGGAAGGUUCGGAUUUCGUAUCUGGACUUCGUACCGUCGCCGGGUCUGGCGAUCCCACCUUGCGAGAAGGGAUUGCCACUCAUAUCUUCACCGCAACAAAGAGCAUGGACAAACGAGCCUUUGUAAACUCGGACGGUGACUUUUUGAUCAUGCCGCAACAGGGUGCGCUGGAUAUCCAGACCGAAUUUGGGCCUCUCUACGUCCAACCCGGCGAAAUCUGCGUGAUCCAGCGGGGCCAGCGCUUCAGAGUCUCCGUCGAAGGCCCAACGAGAGGUUACAUCCUGGAAAUUUGGGGCGCCAACUUCGAGCUGCCAGAGUUAGGCCCAUUGGGUGCUAAUGGCCUUGCUAAUGCUCGUGAUUUCCUGCAUCCGAAGGCGAAAUACGAGAUAACACGCGACGACCCCUGGGAAAUCGUCUAUAAGAUGGGAGGGCAAUUCUUCAAGAGCACGCAGAACCACUGCCCCUUUGAUGUAGUUGCCUGGCACGGGAACUACGUGCCCUACAAGUACGAUUUGACAAAAUUCGUCAACGUCGGGUCAAUCUCUGUGGACCAUAUCGACCCGUCCAUCUUUUGCGUCCUGACAGCAAAGUCCCGAGACCCAGCCGCGCCACUUGCAGAUUUCCUCAUCUUCUCGCCACGAUGGGAUGUGGCUUCACACACAUAUAGACCCCCCUACUAUCAUCGCAAUGCAGCCUCGGAGCUGAUGGGGUUGAUUUACGGCGAGUACGGUGGACGGUCGGAUGAGUUUCAACCCGGCGGUAUCUCGUUUGAGUGCGGCAUGGUGCCACACGGCGUGGCCUAUCAGGAAUUCAAGGCAGCAUCUGCGCAGCCGCCUCCCGAGACCCAAAUCUCCAAGGGCGCCAUCGCAUUCAUGUUCGAGAGCUGCCGGCAGUUCACGAUUACGGAUUGGGCUUGGAACAGUGACAAGAAGCACGAACAUGAGCCCAAGAUGUGGGAUGACUUGAUCGACAACUUCUCGUCGCACCAAGAGGAGGUCGAAAGGAUCUUGAGUGCAAGUAAAGCGCCAGCUACCUAGCUAUUCUGAGGCGAUUUCGAUUUGGUUCACAAGACUGCCUUCAGUAUGAUGUAUCGUCAUCUACAGACCCG